AUGGCCACGCUGGCCUGCAUGGCCCAUGCAGCCGUGGGAUGGAGAUCGGAUGGCCUAGGGCCAUCGUCUCCAUCUCGCGGUGCUGGGCACGCACAGGCGGGCGGCAGAGGCGGGGCAGGGACGGCCAGGCUUACCGGCGACGGCGGAGGCACGGUGGCGGGGUCGAGGCGGGUCGGGGUCAUCGCGGAACGGGGCGGGGUCGGCUUGGGCGGCGUCCUGCUCCUCCUCCCUGCUUCUUCCCGACGGCGACGCUCCCGCGGUGCUCCACGGGCAGGGCUUCGCGGCGGCGUCCUCGGGCAGGUCUGGGGAGAAAAAGAAGGGCAGGGUGAGGUGCUGCUUGGCCAGGGGGUGAGUGAAGAAAAAGGAGGGAGAGAGGGGUGUCGACGGCGGCGGCUCGGCGACCUUGGCGGUGAUCGGGCGGGGCUCCGCCGUGCGAUGCGAGCAGCAGCCCGGAGCACCGCCACGGGCGCUCUCGGAGCGUCCGUGGAGGUGGGGGAAGGGGAGUGGUGA